AUCGUAGGACAAUGGAAGUGUGGAUUUGGUUUUUAGUUUUCAGCAUUUCGUGUAGAUGGAGUUUUGGUUUGGUGUGUUUACAAUGUAAAAGCAUUAUCAGCCCACGAUUGUGUAAGCGAGUGACACAGUGCAGUGAUGUAGAGGUUUGCAAUGUUCAGCGCCAGAUCAAUGAAUUCGGAGAAUAUGUGUACGAUCUUGGAUGCUAUCCAAAAGAUACAUGUACAAACGUCACGUCUUUAUCUCAACCCAGCCUGUGUACUCAAUGUUGUGACGUUGACCUUUGUAAUCACGUGGCCUGCAAUGCCCAAGACUAUCCUGCGCAUAGAGGUCCAAUAUGUUACAACUGUCAGAACCCCACGCCGACUGGAAGAUGCCAUGAUAUCGAGUUCUGUGAUCCAAAUAAGAUAUGUAGUGUGGCUUCGACAACUAUAUUCGGCGAUACUUUAUACACAUCUUCAUGUGAACUUCAACAUACCUGUAAAUUGCAUCAAGGACCAGGACUAAUUGGUAAACGUGAGACCGAGAAAAGUCGUUCCAGUGAAAACUUUAACGUAUGUGACACAUGCUGCUCCGUAGAUCUAUGUAACAGAGAUUGUCAAACAGCUAAGCAGCGUACUAAUGGACAGUGGACUGAAUGGUAUGCUUGGGGUUCUUGUUCUGACACCUGUGGUGACGGGGUGCAAUCCAGAAACCGAACAUGUACAAAUCCCUCCCCGACAAAUGGCGGGGUCAUGUGCCCAGGAAAAGAAAACGAAUCAAGGACGUGUUCACAACAAAUGUGUCCAAAUGACUGCAGCGAUGUGUUGAAACUAGGCCUGUCGCGUGGGUCGGGUGUGUACAGAAUCACUCCCUGGAACACGCACAGGGACGUGGACGUUUACUGUGAAAUGGACACCGAGGGUGGGGGAUGGACCGUGUUUCAAAGACGCUGGAAUGGGUCUGUUGCCUUUAACAGGAGCUUUGCGGAUUACGAGGGAGGAUUUGGCUCAUUGGAUGGUGAAUUUUGGAUUGGUCUUGGUCUUCUCCACUCAAUAACAAGCCGGGGUAACAUGACGUUACGAGUGGACAUGAGUUUACCAGACGGAACUACUGGAUUUGACGAGUACGCGGGUUUCUAUAUUUCUCCACCAGACCGUUACACCUUUAAUGUUGAUAGCAGGAUCAACUCGGGAGGAAUGUCCGAUACCUAUCUUCUCUCCGACAAACGUACUCGGUGGGAUAUCAACCACCAGCCGUUUUCAACAUACGACAGGGACGUGGACCACUGGUCUGGUAACUGUGCCCAAUACUGGGGCGGAGGCUGGUGGUAUAAUUUCUGCAUGUACAAUAACCUGAAUGGACCGUACAAUAGUGAUGAAUUUUAUUACUUUUCCUUCAAACAGACCAAGCCGAGAAGCCUGAAAACGUCAACUAUGAUGUUACGAUUGAGUUAUUAA